CUGUGCCUCUCUCUGUUUGCCUCUGGGCUGGUGCACCGUGUGUGUGUCACCACAUGUCUGAUAUUCUCUCUGUUCGCCCUCUACUACAUCAACAAAGUGUCUGCUGCUCUGUACCAGGCAGCCGUUCCCACGGUAAUGCCAGCCAAGGCUSCCAGCAAGGGCAAGAAAAAGAACUAAGUCACCAAUUAGAUCAAACUUUCAUACCGUCAUCCAAUCAGCAUCCACUACAACGGCUAACCAGUCAAGGGAGAAAUGGUGCAGGUUAUCCAAUGACCGCUUACCCCAGUUUCCUUUUUGUAGGUCGUGCCAACCAGCGUUCUUACAUAUUUUCCUUGACUUCUUAACUCUAUGAUCACUGAUCUCCAAGGACUGGACAUCUCUCAGCAGUAUAGAUAGCCCGAGACCUACCCAGCCCAUCCAUACACUGUUCUCAGCACUAUAGAUAGCCUGAGACCUACCCAGCCCAUCCAUAAACUGUUCUCAGCACUAUAGAUAGCCCGAGACCUACCCAGCCCAU